AUGUUGAUCACCACGACAUUGGCCCUGUUUCUGGGCUUUUGGAGCUUGUUGUUCCUCGUUGACUAUUACUGCCGUUUGUACAAGCUGCAGAGUUACGUCGAGUUCAGCAAGCGAACCGGAUUUGUGGUCAGUCUCUUUCAACUGAAACUUUGUACUGUACGAGUGGACAGUUUUCUUGGCGAAAGUACGGUUUUCCGGAGACCGACCAUCCGCCACUUCCUGGAUUUGUGGUUCUUCGUCGGUGUCGGUGCUGCUAUUCUUUCCUCUGGCUUCAUGCUGUUGUUUUUGUCGGAUUCGCUCUUGUCGCAGUUGUGGUCAUUGGCCACCACCUCAAGCAAAAUGGGGCAGGAGAAUAGUCAGGCGGCAACAGACGUGGUGAUGUCCGCUGCCGUCAGUGGCGACGGCGCGGGACAGCGUUCCCCUCUGUCUUCGAGCAUGGUGCCGAUUAUACCGGGUAUCAACGUACCGUGGACACAACUUCCGUUGCUGUUCAUGGUACUGAUGAUCGCCGGCCUCUUCCACGAACUUGGUCACGCUCUUGCGGCCAUUAACGAAAACGUCAAUAUCAACGGUUUCGGCGUGUUCGUCGUCGCCGUCUAUCCAGGCGCCUUCACCGAGCUGGAGAACAUGGCCCUUGAAGAGGUGUCGUCGUUCAGGAAGCUAAAGAUCUUUUGCGCCGGUGUUUGGCAUAACCUGUUUUUGGCGCUGCUGGCGCUGAUCUCCAUGCAACUCAUACCAGCGGUAUCGUCGCUAUGCUACUUGGUGAACAAGGGUGUUAUGGUAACUGACGUGCAGCCGGAGUCUGGUCUGUCGUCCGAUGGCGGUCUGGCUGUUGGCAACAUCGUCUAUGCCAUCAACAACUGUAAAGUGUAUAACGAGGAAAGUUGGCUGCGGUGUCUAGUGAACACAGGCCGGGUGUCCUACGGCUACUGCCUGCCAAAGUCGGUCGUCGUCAGGGGCCAGGCCGGGAGGCAUUCGGCCGUAUUGUCAUCUUUGUCCUCGUCUUCUGAAAUCCAGUGCUGUGAAUCAAACACUUCCAGGACCCAUCUAUGCUUUUUCUACAGGUACUACAGCGAAUCGGCGAAACACGUCGCGGUCGAGUACACCUGUCUGUCGGCUAGCUACGUGACCGGUAGGUAUAUCUGCAGCCACACUCACAAUUGUAACAGCAAAACGGUGUGCGUCCACCCGGCGCUGUUCAACGACACGCGCCUCAUACGCUUCUACGUCGCCAACGCCUCGACGCCGGUCCUCUUCGUCGGUUCUGUGAAGAUGGUCGCCGUCCAUGUAACCAUUUCGAACUACGUACCCAAGAACACAAUCGCCCCCGUUCAUCUACCAGCCUAUUUCGAACUGCUGUUUCGCUAUGUGUUCACUCUGUCGUUCGCCUUCGCCAUGCUGAACGCCAUUCCGUGCUAUUCGCUCGACGGCCAGUUCAUCGCUCGUGUGCUGGUCGACGCCGUAUUUGGCGAAACUACCUCUUCGUCGUACUUCGGUCAAUGGAGGUCGUUCGUGUACAAGUUCGUUAUGUUUUAUGGAAGUUUUUUACUAGUUUCCGCUCUGGUUUUAUCGUUCGUUUGCUACGCUUUUUCUUUGCUGUACCUGUGA